AUGAACAAUGGAACGGAGAUGUGUCCAAUGGAGUUGGCAGCAUACCAAGCUCUAAGGCCGGCAAAACGAUUCACAGACUCCAGAAAUGUUCUUUUGGAUCUGGCGCAUUCGGGUGAUGGAAGUAGUCUGAUGGUUUCGGCGACAGACGUUAUUCUGUUCUACGAUCUCAAAGAUGGAUCAAAAGAAAAACCAAUUGAAUGCAAGAAAUACGGUGUUGACCUGCUGGAGUACACAACAGAUGACACUUGUGCGCACAGUGACACAAAAGGAGGUCUUAUCAGACUACUGAAUAUCACAAAGAAUACGUAUAUUCGAUACCUUCCUGGACACACAAAAAGGAUUUGUGGCAUCAAAAGUAAUCCACAGCAGCGAGAAAAGUUUAUUUCAAGUUCUGAAGAUGGAGAUGUCCGGAUGUUUGAUUCAAGAACAUAUGAUAAUUAUGGACUUCUCCAUUCUGGGCACCCUGCCCUCAUCGCCUUCGAUCCAGAUGGAAUCAUUUUUGCAACUGCCACAAAAUCAGAAACUAUUCGCCUUUUCGAUGUUAGAUCCUUUGAUUUGGGUCCGUUUAGCGUAUUUCGUAUAAUGAAAAAUGACGAUGAUGAGUGGACGAACAUUGAAUUCACACCGUGUGGAAAAUUUAUUCUCGUGUCUACAAAAGGCGCUGGUGUCAAAUGGAUCGAUGCCUACACUGGAAAGUUGGUACAUAAUUUCUGUGACCAUAAAAAUCCCAGGAACGUUUCACUCCGUGCUACGGUGACUCCGGAUUCCGACUAUGUGAUGGUUGGAAGUGCAGACCGUAGUAUUUACAUUUACAACACAGAGAGUGGAAACGUGGCCGGCAAACUGUAUACUCCUUAUCCCGAACCCUCUCACAUCUUAGACUUCAAUCCAAAGCUGUUCCUGAUGACGUCAUUGAGAAGAGAAGUGCUGAUUUGGACACCAGACUCUGAUUAUCUAUUCGGACGACUCCCUGAACGAUAA